GUUUCGUGACCGGCUUCUUGAUCGGAUCAGCUGCGCCAGCCACCAUCCUUCAUCAAUAAGAACUUGUUCAGCCCUGAGCUUAAUGAUCUUGUCCCUAUUGUCUUCUUUGUCCCCGCAAACGUUUGUUGGAAGUGAAAGGAACUCUCCCCAUCACGUUGAGCUGGACUAUGUGAGCAUAUCGUGUCAUCUCAUCGCUAUUCACAAGCCUACCAUAUCCCUAUCCCGCUGCUCGCCAACACCCCCGCCAUCGUCUAAGAUCGUCAUGCGAUCACGAUAGUCAAACCAGAGGACACUGUUGCCCAGAAGCCGAUGCAUCGACCGCUACAAAGUGUCCGCGCCUGCGUCUCUGGUGGGAGAUGAACUCGCUCAAUCUCAUCUCCUCCCGAGUCAUCGGACAGUCUCAAUCAUCUUCUCGUCCUCGGUCCCGAUCUCAAGGUGAACUUCUGAAGAAGGAAUCUGGCGAUGAGGAUUUUAGGGGAAGAUCAUACAGCGCGGAGCUUACAGCCGAGCUGAAGAAUGAGCCAGACAAUGAAUUCUCAGACAAGCUUCCCGUUGAAGUAACCACCGAGGACGGCGAACCUGGCAUAAAGUCGGAGGAUGAGAAGCGGCCUUUACUGUACACGGGCGAGAAGGACGAUGUAGCCUCGACUCCAGAAGGCUGGCGCCUGCUGGUCAAGAAGCUGACAGACGCUAUAACCACCAUCCUGGCUGCAAUCGGUGCCCCGGUGGUCUACCUCGCCAAGUGCUUUAGGGAUCAGGACGGGAAGUUCACCGUUAUUCCAGGUUGGCCGCGAAGGGAAAGAGCGCUCAAUGCCAGGACUGCACGUGCGAUGGCGCUCUCAAAUGCUGCCCAGGACAGCAGUUGGGCGAACGAGAAGCCCACUCACCGUGCUCUCCAAGAGACCAAGCUGCGUCACUCCUAUUCAAGCGACUCAUUAGAUGCCACCACUUCAGAUUCGGACGCAGAAAAUCGCAAGCUUGAGCACGCUCAGCUACGGUCGAAGCCGAAGCGCGAGAAGAGCCUGCGAGAGGACUCGGAAACGCGGCGAUCCUCCAUCAGGAUCAAAGAGCAGAAUGAUCUUGCUCUCAAACGGCGAAAACAAAAGAAAGCUGCCAGCCCCUUGGCCGGUUCCACUCCGUUGACCGUCGACAACAUCAAAUCUCCGCGGUCGCCUUCUCCUUCCCUUAGGAUCACUAGAUAUCCUCAUGCGCCGCAGCCACCUCGGCCGCUGGUUCCUCGAAGGCAACCUUCCUAUGCCAACCUCAUUCCCAGGUCUCCAACCCGCCAUGGUCCGCCACUCCAGCAAAAGACGCUGAUCUUGGACCUUGAUGAGACCUUGAUCCAUUCCUUGGCCAAAGGAGGUCGGAUGUCGUCGGGGCAUAUGGUCGAGGUCAAGUUGAAUGCCCCGGUGGCUCUAGCACCUCCUCAACCCGGUCAGGCAACACCUGUGAUUGGACCCCAGCAUCCCAUCCUAUACUAUGUGCACAAGCGACCUCACUGCGACGACUUUCUGCGCAAAGUGGCCAAGUGGUAUAAGCUGGUGGUGUUUACGGCGUCAGUACAAGAAUACGCUGAUCCCGUGAUUGACUGGUUGGAGCAGGAGCGCAAGUAUUUUGUGGGAAGAUACUACCGGCAACAUUGCACAUUUCGCAAUGGGGCGUACAUCAAAGAUCUCAGCAGCAUUGAGCCCGACUUGAGCAAGGUUAUUAUUCUGGACAACAGUCCCGUCAGCUACAUUUUCCACGAAGACAACGCGAUCCCGAUUGAAGGAUGGAUCAAUGAUCCGACCGACAACGAUUUGCUUCAUUUGAUACCCAUGUUAGAGGCGCUGCAGUACGUGACGGAUGUGAGGGCGCUGUUGGCGCUGAGGAGGGGUGAGGCAGAGGCUGCCAGCGCAUCGGCCUCGUAGACGCUGGGAGGCGGCGGCAGAGGCUGAGGCAGAGGCCAGAGGAAUACAAAGAUACAUACGACCAGGACGACGGGCUUGUUCUCUUCUGGAGGUUUCGGGGGGUUACAAGAGAAGAAAGACGUGCCGUGCCGUGCCCUCCUACUGUCCAGAGUUCUCCAGCUUGUUCUCUUUGGCGUCGCUCAGUCUCUUUCUUUCACCAUUUCUAGCUACCC